AAGCUCAGGACAGAAAGAGCGAGCGAGAAAAAGCCCCCCCUCAUGAACAGGCGUGUGUCCAGCUGGCACCAAACCAAAGCGGAGGAGGAAGGAGAGAAAUUAAAACCGAAAGUACACUGAGGUCCAGCAGAAAGAGCAAGCAGCAGACAUUGUGUUUCGCAGGAUGGCUGGUCCAGCAGUCUUCACGGGCACAGAUGUCUACCAGCGCACUUUCAACCCUCAAGAGUAUUUGAAAGAAUUCUACAACUUGAGCGACAGCAACAACCAGCCCAACACGUUCCUGAUAAACAACCUGAAGAGCCUGCACAAAAUGUUCUCCUUGGAUGGGCUGAAGGGUGACACCCUGAUAGACAUCGGCUGCGGCCCCACCAUCUAUCAGCUUCUGUCCGCCUGUGAGAAUUUCCAGGAGAUCUUUGCCUCGGAUUACACCGAUCAGAACCGCCGCGAGCUAGAGAAGUGGCUGAGGAAGGAACCUGGAGCCUUUGACUGGAGCCCAGUGGUGCAGUACGUAUGUGAGCUGGAAGGAAACAGGGAGGCGUGGGCUGCGAAAGAAGAGAGACUGAGAAAGAAGGUAAAGCAGGUUCUGAAGUGCGAUGUGACUAAAGCCAACCCCGUGGCCCUGCCUCCUGUUGACUGCAUUGUCUCCACCCUCUGCCUGGAGGCCGCCUGCAAGGACCUGGCCACCUUCCGCAGUGCCGUGAGAAACAUCGGUGCCCUCGUGAAGCCAGGAGGGCACCUGGUGUUGCUCACCGUCCUCCAGGAAACCUUCUAUGCCUUCAACAAUCAGGUUUUCUCAUGCCUCCGUCUGGAGAAAAACAUGGUGGAGGAAGCGGUGGAGGCUGCUGGCUUUGACGUGAGGCUCAGUGAGAUGCAGCCAUGCCCACCUGGCGAUCCCCGUGCAGAUUGUGAAAAUGUGUUGAGCCUUGUGGCACGCAAGCGUGCCUCCAUAUAGAAGGUGGGCGUUGGGGAGGAAAACAGUGCCUGGUUUAUAAGAGCCCCACUGAUGUCACCCACAGCCCCUCUCCCCAUUAUAUGAACGCAAAUAAACUCGUCAGUGUCCUAA